AUGGAAGAUGAUUAUCAUCUUCUUUUCUCCAAAGGUCUUUCUACGGAAGAAGCUUUGCUCCGUUUAGUAAAACAUGGAAAAGCUAAUGUUGUCGCUUGGAAGAAUUCAAAGGAAUAUGGUGGAUACAGGUGUUCGACAAACAGGAUAUUAUGUUGGAAUUUCUUCUGCGUUUCUCUGAUCUCUUCCCUAUUUUUGAUGGUGGGAGCUGUCACCAUAGAAAAUCGACUUUCGAUUGGUCUUUUGGGACUAGCCAUAUUUCAUGUUAUUUUUCUGUGCCUCGCACAUUAUAUUGAAUGGAAACAAUACGCGCAGUCUUUAGAAAUAAAGAAACAUAUGGUUUUGAGAGCUCUCGACUAUGCCGUGAAGUUUUCCGCUUCGCCUUUGUCAUAUGCUCCAUUGGGCGAACCAUUGUCCGACGAUAUGCUCUCACAGACUGCACUUCGUGACGGGAACGUUGUAGCAGUUCCACGACUACUGCUUGUGGAAAAUGAUCUUCUCCUACUAAGACCAUCUCAAAUGGCACCAUGUGACUGUCGUCUUGAAAGUGGAAAGACUUUGAAGAAGGGCGAUCGUGUGUCGAGCAAAGUUGUGGUCGACAAACUCACAGGAGCAUCGAUACCACUCACUGCUGUCAAGGCAGUCGCCACUUCCACUCCACUAGUAGAUCAUUUGAAUUCCGUUGCGGCUAGUUGUUGGAAGCCUUCUCCGUUGGAGCACCACAUUCACUACUGCUUACAUGUAGUAGGUGAACGGGUGCUUCUACCUGUUCUCAUCUGCACAAGUGCUCUUACCUGUUUGGCACGAUUUCUCCAUGAUGGUAACCAAUCCCUGUUUGCUACAAGGUUCAUUUUUGCAAUUCCCUCGUUGACAAUACUACCACUGGUUACACCAACGAUCUUCUUUAUUUUUUUGCUCAUACGACAGUGGGGCAAUGCGGCUGUUCGGAAUGAGCUUCGCACUUCUGAAGUGAAUUCAAUGAAAGACUUCGUAACACUGCUUGGAAGCCUUACUGGUACAUCGUUUUUUGACAAGAAAGGCCUACUAUCUCCGAUGAAUCCCUGUCUUGAUAAAGUGAUUUUUUUCCGACCAAGUUAUGACGAGCAAUCGAAAGAAAACCUCAAUCUCGAAAUCAUGGACUUAAGUUCGGAGCUACACCUUGAUGGUUCUUGGAGUGUUGAUUUUGACGAUCUGAACUGGUCACGAUUCGACUCCAGUUUGAGGGUUAUCGGUCAGUGUCUUCUCUUGAAUCGUUGCGACUCAUUGUUUACGCCGUUUCUGGACCACCUCUCCGCUGUCGCGUCCACAGUUCCUCGAACGAUCGCAACUGCAUGCCGUCGAUGUUCGUGUGUGUUCCCUCAGCUUAUCGGGUUCAAGCAACGUUCUAAGAAACAGUCUCAAGAGAUUUCGCAAACGCUUUGUUUCUAUCAGAGGAGACCGGGGGAAGCACCACUGCCAGGGCUCACAAAACAUCAGACACCGCUAGAGAUGGCAUACUGUACAGUAUGCGCUGACGACCGUUCUCUGUACUAUCACCUAUCCUGUCAAGGGACAGCUAACCUUGUCCUUGAGGCGUGCUCACAUGUCUGGGAUGGGAAGUCACUUGUUCCAAUAACUGAACGUAUCUAUAAAACAACAGCCGACUUCUACCAGCGACAUUCGGUGACCGGCUAUUGUCUUGCACUUUCCUACCGUCCCCUCAGGGCACCGGUAGACAACGCGUUCAAGGAUUGCUACUUUGAAGUUCCCUUACUACGUGAACCGCCAAGAAGUGAAUCCUUGGUACGGACCCACAGCUUGGAUAGUUCAGAACGGGAUGUUUUCUUUGAUUCCGGCUGUCUGAGGACUUCGGAUGAAGUCAUUCAGCGAUAUCUUACUGACCAUAUUUUGUGUGGAAUGAUCGUAACCCAGUAUGAGGUGAUGCCUCAAGCAGUGCAACUAGUUGAUCAACUCGAAAGUUUAUGCGUUCGUUUUGUAUACUUCUCGCGUGAGAACGAAUUAAGAAGUCGUGUGUUUGCUGAAAAACUAGGUCUUGAAGCUGGAUGGAACUGCCAUGUCUCGUUGGCUGAAAUUUGCGACGAUGACGGCCGGACGCUGAAAGAUUUCUUUCUUUCGAAAGUGUAUCGGAGAACGAAUGUUGAUAAUCUUAUUGGAAAGGCUUUCAAAAAUAUUUCGCGAUCUGAUCAGGAACUCCACCUGAAGUACUCAUCCGCUUACGUCCAAAGUUCUCCAAUGAUAAGAAAGCAAAGCCAAGUUCCUCCGAAGGUUGCCGUAAUGCCAAACAAGGCUCAACUUCCAACGGGAAUUGCGGCAGUGCGACCUCAUUUAGAACAAGUGGAUAACGUACCGUUACUCGUUAGUCUAAUUACCGAUUGUACACCACAGGCCAACUUGGAAAUGCUUGAAAUAAUGCAGGAGUAUGGAGAGCUGGUAUUAGCUAUCGGAUCUUCGCUUUCGGUAGCAAAUACAAACGUUUUCCUGCAGGCGGAUGUAUCAAUGAGUGUGAUGCCGGUGGGAGAUUGGAGCUGUUGUGUGGAUCCUGCCUCUGACUGGAGACAAAUCAAAGAGAUUGCUGAUCGUCUUAUGAGCACAGCUAGCGAUUUCCGAUUGGCAUACGACAGGGUGGCCGUGAUUCCUCGCCUCAUUGUUGCGUGUCGCCAUCGUUUGGCUUCAGUUCGAGGUUCACUGUCAUUCCACCUAUUCGCCUCCUGUAUGUUGUCGUUGUCUCUUCUGUUUACUAUCAUAUCGUUCCUGCCACUACUAUUUGAUUACGAUCAGAUAUUCCUCACUGUCUUCGUGCAAUUGCCUUGUCUUACUGUAGGAUCAGUCUUCACACCGUUUCAUCCAAAGACUAAUGUGAUUCGCAUUUCGUCCAAGAAGUCCACAGACGUGCAGCGGCAGAGCAUUUCAUGGGCAGUUAUUAAUUUCCUUGUUGGAUUUCUUCCUACUUCACUCUAUCUAGUCGUUGUAUUUUUUUUCUUGUUAGUGAGUAAUGCGACAGUAGCGUGUUCCUUCUCGGAUGUGGUUUGCUCGGUUGCAACCGAUCGGAUGUCAGAAGUUCCUCUCUCGACCAUGGCUAUCAGGCACAUUGUUGGGUUUCAUCUAGCUCUCUCGCUGUGCGUGUUGUCCUCAGCAUGGGUGUACCCUCUGAGCUCAAUUUGGAACGAUAAGCCGUUCUUCUGCCUUCCAUGGACUGCCUCCUGUGUUGUGUGUCUGGGAUCACAGAUUCUAUUCUCCUAUGCGUCCGGAGUGCCGUUGCACGAGGCUUUGUCUCUUUUUUCGGUCUCAGCCAUUGCACUGUGGAUCGCAGUCAUCUUCACAGUAAACGAACUACUAAAACUACGUACGAUUCGCAGUUUUGCUCGCGAACAGCGACGGACGAAACUCGGUUUUGACACGAAACUCGGAAUGAACUCUCCAUACUGA